AUGAAAACCGCAGCGCUUAUAAGCGGAGGCAAAGACAGCUGCUUCAAUAUGAUGUGUUGCAUCGCUGAGGGUCAUGAGAUUGUUGCGUUAGCAAAUCUGCGGCCUAUGUAUAAAGAUGAGCUAGAUAGUUACAUGUACCAGACAGUGGGUCACACAGCCAUCGACUUAUAUGCUGAGGCAUCUGGCUUGCCUCUGUUUAAACGUUUGAUCAAGGGCUCUAGCUUGUCCACUGGAUCCACCUAUGAGCCUCACAGUGAGGAUGAAGUUGAAGAUAUGUUCCAUCUGCUUGAGAACAUUAAGGAGGAAAUGCAAAUUGAGGCAGUCUCAGUGGGAGCCAUUUUUUCUGAUUACCAAAGAGUCCGAGUAGAAAAUGUUUGUGAUCGCCUUGGACUAAAAGUAUUGUCAUAUUUAUGGAGACGUGAUCAAGAGGAACUGUUAAAAGAAAUGAUAGCCUGUGGUGUUAAAGCUAAAAUAAUCAAAGUUGCUGCAAUGGGUUUGCUACCAAAGAAGCACUUGCUGAUGGACCUGGAGGAGAUCCUACCUCAUAUGUUGCUUAUGCACUCGGAAUAUGGCUUAAAUAUAUGUGGAGAAGGAGGAGAGUAUGAAUCAUUUGUAUAUGACUGCCCCCUCUUCAAGAAGAAAAUUAUCUUUAAAAAAACAGAGAUGGUGAUGCACUCAGCUGACACUAUUGCUCCUGUUGGUUACAUCAACCUCAAAGAAUGCAAACUUGAAGAUAAAGAAUUGGAUGACAGUAUAUCCUUGAGAGACACAAUUUUACAGCUUCCAAUUAUGACUACAACUAAAUGGGUGGAAGAGCAUGUGCCAGUUUCUCUUAACAAUGUAGAGCAAUCUGCUGGAGGGGAUACAGAAACCAUGGGGUUGGUCAUGUGGGCAGAGGAGGUGAGAGUUCGCAUUGUUGAUGACAACUUCCAUGUGAGUGGAGUUAUAGCCCCUGUAUCUGAUGACAUAGAUGUGAAAGAUGCCAGUCGUGAAGCUCUCACCACUUUGAUAGAUUGUUUGAAUGACCAAGGCCUGACACCCACAGACAUCUGUUCAGUAUCCUUAUAUAUUGGGGAUAUGGCAAAUUUUGUUGCCAUCAAUGAAGUGUACAAGACAUUCUUUCAUGUAAAUCCUCCCGUCAGGCUUUGUAUUCAGGCCAACCUGCCUCGCAACAUUGCACUGCAGCUUGACUGCCAGGGGAAGAUUUGCGAUGCCGAAAAGGAAAAUAACCGCAAGACCAUGCAUGUGCAGUCUUUGUCUCACUGGGCUCCAGCUAACAUUGGACCUUAUAGCCAAGCUGUAAAGGCUGGAGACAAGAUCUUUGUAGCAGGGAUAGUGCCCCUUGUGCCAUCCACUUUGAAUGUCAUAGAUGGGGGCAUAUCUGCCCAGUGUGCUGUGGCUCUCACACAUCUGGAGACAAUUAUAACUACAAUGGACAAAAACUGCACCUUGGCAUGUUGCCCGCUUGUCAUGUGCUACCUUAUAAGUCAGGAGUACAUUUCAACAGCCAGUCAGGAAUGGAGCAAAGCACUCGAGAUCUCCACGAGGGAUUCUGAAAAGUCGCCAUUUGCUCCUGUGGUCCAGUACUGCAUUGUGCCGGCAUUGCCCAAGGGAUGCCUAGUGGAGUGGCAUACCUUUGUAUGGCCAGACAUAGAGGAUGUUGCCAAGUUCAACCUGUGUCAAGGUUACAGCAACUAUACUGUAAAAUCCAGAGUCAUCUACAGCUCUUCUAAAAAGGAAUACUUCUCUUGUAACAUUGUUGUUGAUUUAAUUAAUGCGGAUUCUGUCCGGCACAUCCAGCCUCAAGCCGUAGUGAAGGAUCUCCUGCAAGAAUACAACAAAAUCUGUGAGGAGUGUGAUGUCACAGAUAAAACACCGCUGGUCAAGGUUCUCUUCUGUCCAGUUGUAUUCAACUACUCCCAGAUUCACCAAGUUUUCUCCGAGGCUCUGUCAAAAAUGAACACGGAAAAGAAUGCUGCCCCUCCGGUUGUAUCACUGGUUUCUGUAACUGGACUACACACACGGCAGCAGAUCCUUGCAUGGUGUCAGUGA